CUACAUUUCUUCAGUGAAAAUAACCCAAAUCCGUAUUUAUUAUUUAGUCUGUAGGGAAGUUAUAGAGUUCACAAACUAUGGGAUAUAUCUGAAAAUUGAUCAAUCCUGAUGUACUGACAGCCAAUCUAAUUUCCUGAGGCCAGAAAAUGUCAGAACAGUACAGAUAUCCCCCAAAUGACCCCUUUUUGCAAAGUAGACAGUCCGACGUAUUUCAUAAGAGGCAUGGCGAGUAUUUGCUGAAGCAUGUUGAGUCAUUG